AUGGCAACAUUUUCUGUGUGCAACUCAUGUGCUGAAAAAGAUAGGAAAAAGAAACAGCACAAAAUCAGAUCAGCCAAUACCAAAAAUAUUCAAUCUUUAGCCUCCGAUGAUGACACGUCCAAAAUUAUGAGUAAAGAUAACGAAGACAGUCUUCUUUAUAAUGUAUGCGAUCUUGAAGAGCUUGUAUCUAUCAAUUUCAGGAAUAGUGAGGAAAAGGAUAAUUACGUUGAAUUCUCGGUGAUGGUAGAACUUGAAAAAGAACUAUUUUAUGAGGAAAUAUUGUCAUCUGAA